UGUUCAGUGAACAUCGUGGAAUAUCGCGUAUUUUUAUUUUACUGCUGAUCAAAUCUGGAUCGUUCCCUUAACAUGUGGCGUACGAAUUUCACGCGCUUGAUUCAAACAUAUGGUAGUUCCGCUAUCCCUCGCCCAUUGUCCCAUAGGGCUUCCGCUCAAAAUGGCUUCGGUUCUGCGCUGGACGUGUCAGCGGAAGUGCGACAGGCCUUAGAAGGAGGAAAACCAGUUGUCGCACUCGAAUCUACUAUAAUUACUCACGGAAUGCCGUGGCCCAGUAAUUUUGAAACUGCAAUUGCAGUCGAAAAUGUUGUUAGAGAACAAGGAGCUAUUCCGGCAACCAUUGCCAUUUUAUCAGGACGCAUAAAGGUUGGGUUACUACCAGAUGAAUUAGAACUUUUAGCGAAGCCUAAGGAUAGUUCUGUAAAACCGCCUCCUAUAAAAGUAUCAAGACGUGAUAUACCAUAUGCCUUAGCUAAUAAUCUUGAUGGUGGCACAACUGUGGCUGGUACUAUGAUUGCUGCUCAUAUGGCUGGCAUACCGAUCUUUGCCACGGGUGGAAUUGGUGGCGUUCAUAGAGGUGGUGAAGAUAGUAUGGAUAUUUCUGCAGAUUUGGUGGAAUUGGGUAGAACUCCUGUUUCAGUUAUAUGUGCAGGUGUUAAAAGCAUUUUGGAUAUUGAAAGAACAUUAGAAUACCUGGAAACCCAAGGAGUGCCAGUAGCUGUUUUGGCAGAAUGCAAUUUUUUCCCUGCAUUCUACGCCUGCUCACAUGCCGGUUUAAAAGCUCCCCAACAUGUCACAACUGUGUUGCAAGCUGCAAAGCUCAUUGCGAUGUCGCGAAAAGCUCAACUGAGCAACGGUUCUCUUAUUGCAGUUCCAGUACCAGAAGAGUUUGCUAUGGAUGAAAAGCAAGUGGAUGAAGCCAUUGCAACAGCGUUAAAAAAAGCUUCAAAUGCCCAUGUUCGUGGUAAAGAAGUGACGCCAUUCCUUCUACAAGCCAUUAAAGAAAUAACACAUGGACGCUCACUUGAAACAAAUAUUGCUCUCGUUAAGAAUAAUGCCAAAACGGGUGCUCAGAUAGCGUUGGAGUUGAUCAAAUUAGAGAAUUGUGAACGAACAAGUGAUAUAAAUAAUGAAGUGAAAAAAUGUCAGGAAAAGAUGAUUUAUCACGAUCAGAAGAGAUAUCAUCAUACUUUAACUCCGGUAGUGGUCGGCGGUUCAAAUGCAGACAUCUAUAUUAAAGUUACCGAUCCGGAUAUAAAGAUCAUUCAUACAAUUAUCACAAAAGCGUAAAUCGUCACUGAAUGGAAAUACGAAUUGGGAACACAAUGUUUUGCAUCAAUUAUUGUUCUUUGGAUGUUUUGUAUUAUGUGCGUUAGAAUUGUUUUAAGCGGUCCU